GUAUCCAUGACCGAAUUCGAGAACGAUUUGGGUUGUAUCCGCCUGUUUUGGACACUCAAUUUUAGCUAACCUAAAACCCUCUCUAUUCCCUGCAAAAAAAUCCAUUCUUUUGUAAUCCGGAAGCUUCAAGAGCUCCAAAUUAUUGUCAAUUUGCUUUAAUUGAAUCUGUUGGAAUUAAAAGAAGACAACAAUGAAGAAACCUAAUAGAGAAAUUGGCCAUGCUGCGGAAAGUGAAGAAGAAGACGAAGAGUUAUCCUCGUCUUAUUCUUCUUCAGAUGAUGAAAUUGAGGAAAGUGAGAUACAGAGACAAAUUGCAGAUGCUACAUUUGAGGAAUUGCAAAAAGCGAGGUGUAAUGGCUCUGUUUCAGUUUUUCAAAAACCUAAGCUUGAGAAGAAGUCUGCAAGAGCUAAUAAAAAUAGGCCAAUGGAGGCUAGUUGCAAGAAGCCCGUGACUCGAUUUCGAGAAAUUUUUCAAGCUCCGAAGAAGGUGAUACGUGAUCCCCGUUUUGAGUCUCUAUGUGGCAACCUUGACGUCGAUGGGUUUAGGAAAAGAUACAAUUUUCUAUAUGAGGACAAUCUACCUGCUGAAAGAGAGGAAUUGAAGGGGCAACUGAAGAAAUCAAAGGAUCCAAAAGUAGUUGAACAGCUAAAGCACGACAUCUCUUUAAUUGAUAAAGAAUUAAGAUUUGAGUCCAAAAAACAAACUGAUGCAGCAAUACUGGCCGAGCACAAGAAGAAAGAGAGAGUAGCCGCAAAGAAUGGAAAACAGCCGUUCUAUUUGAAGAAAUCUGAAGUUAGGAAGCAAAGGCUUGUCGAGAAAUACAACAAACUUAAGGAAUCGGGUAAGCUUGAAUCUUUUAUUGAGAAGAGGAGGAAGAAGAAUGCUUCCAAGGACCACAGAUACAUGCCAUACCGCAAGUCCGGUGAUGUGGAUCAACAAGGCUGAUGUAUUUGAACUAUGGAAUCGUAAAGAUAUGGAAAAAUGGUGCAGCUGCUGUUAAGUUCUGCACACGGAGCGCAUGGUGUAUAACGGAGUGUGUCGGUGUUUCUCUUUCAAUAGUUGCUGAUCAUGGGGAAAAGAAACAAUUUUUUAAUUUAUUUAUUUUGGUAACAAUGGUUUCUCUUAGGCUUAAAGGUGAUGCGGUGGAAUUACUAGAUAAAUUUUAUAGCCAAUUGCUUGUCUUUCAGCUUUGUUUUCAAAUAUUUUGUAGCACUUCUAAGAUUAAUCUAAGACCCACUAACAUUA